GAUCAUUCCCAUACGCAAAUGGUGCUCCAAUGAGCCUAUGGUUCUUUAUGAAGAGCCGGAGGAAGACAGGGAGCUUCUCAAGUCUCAUGAUGGAACGAACAUAGCGAAGGCGUUGGGGCUUGUAUGGAAUCCUACUUCAGAUAGCCUGUUGUUCAAUUUUUCGCAAAUUAUGCCACUGCCUGAACCUUUGUCGCAGUGUGGUCAGACAUGACAUCUCAAUUACGCAUAAUUCAGAACUGUAAAUUUCCUCGUUUUGUCAUGCUCCCGAACUCAUCUCUCCAGUUGCACGCAUUCUGUGACGCCAGCAUGACCGCAUAUGGAGCUUGCGCUUGCAUAAGAUCGUACAGCCAAGGACUUACAACAUCCCGCUUACACUGCUCAAAGUCCAAUGUAGCGCCUUUAAAGACGCUAACCAUACCCAUGUUGGAACUGUCCGCUGCGUUGCUGUUGGCUGAGCUCGAAAAUUGCGCAUAUCCAGGAGUUGACAAGGGAAAGGGAGUGGAGGAGCUGGACGGAGGAACGCGUUUGCUUAUUAAAAGUAUCCAGCAAGUUCAUUUCACUGAAGAGCUCAAGGCACUCAUCGCCAGUGAAACACUUCCGGCCAGGAGCAAACUACUUUCGUUGCAUCCACUGCUCGAUGCUGAUGGACUGCUUCGCGUAGGCGGGAGUCUUCAAAAUUCGAACGUAGCAUACGAUGCAAAGCACCCUAUAUUUCUGCCGAAGUGUCAUCCGAUCACGAAGGCAAUCAAACCGUUCUAUUUCGAAAAAUUCUUGCAUGCUGGACCACAGGCCACAGCCUCGCUUCGUCAGAAGUAUUGGCCUGUUGGAGGUCCAAAAUUGGUGGCAAGCGUCGUAAGCAAAUGCGUCCGUUGCUUCCGGACAAAGCCAAAGUUGGCUGAGUACGUAAUGGGAGAUUUGCCAACCGAUCGUGUCCAACCGAACCCCGCAUUUCACACAACUGGAAUCGAUUUUUGAGGGCCGUUUAAGUCGAUGGCAGCAGGAGUCCCAGAUGCAACAAAACUUUUGGCGAAAAUGGAGCGUCGAAUACUUGUCCUUGCUUCAAGAGAGGAGCAAGUGGAAAGCCACCACGGACAACAUCAAAAUUGGAAGCGUCGUUCUCAUAAAGGAGGAAAACUUGUCACAACUCAAAUGGCUUCUCGUUAGCGUCGAAGAGUCCAUACCAGGCAAGGAUGGAAUCAUCAGAGUCGUGCUGGUCGAACAGCGACGGGUCUUAUGAAGAUAGCCGUUGGAAAGCUAGCCGUCUUGCCCGUCGACCCUGGAUCAAUUGAAAGCCAGGCUCUUUUAACGGGGGGAGGAUGUUCGGAGCAGACCGGCCUAUAAUUAUAAUACAUAACAUUAAGUAAAUGCCACCGAGCAUAAUUGUUUGUUGUAUUAUGUUUUGUUAUUGUCUAUCGCUCUGUUAGCUCUCUCGCGCUAAAGCUGGCGCUUUUUCUGAGCUUUUGGCUACUGCUGCAGUUUCUGAGCGCAGAUAUAAGUAGUGCAGC